GUAGCUUUGAGUAGAAAGAAUCUUAAGAUUUGCUUUAUUCUUAUUUAUUUGAAUAUUUUAAGGACGAAAAGGAAACAUGUUAUGGUGUCUUAUCUUCUACUUUCUUCCACCUCUAGCGGUCAUUAUAAUCUCGGAUUUUGUAUGGCUCUCCUUAAAGUAAUGCUAAAUAACAAAACUUAAUUUUUUUUUGAUUUCCCAGUAUUUGUUUAAAAUUUCAUAGAGCUUGGAAAGAAGAAAAAAAAAAAGAGUACAGAAAAAGAUUUUCAACCGUUUCAGCUCGACAAAUCAAGUGGGGUUGGCUUAAAUUUUUUCCUGAUUUUGAAAUUUGAGAAGAAUUUUGGGGUUUGAAGUGAAAGAAGAAGAGCAAAGGAGAGGAAGUUAUGGGGCAUUCGGCGCCGGUUUGGGAUUGCAGAGCGGCGACUGAGAUUACACAAGAUUGGAAUGGCAUUGAUCAGGUUGUGCUUAGAAAUCCCAAAGGGGCUUCCGCUAGGAUUAGCUUACAUGGAGGACAAGUUUGUUCUUGGAGAAAUGAGCAAGGGGAAGAACUUCUCUUCACUAGUAGUAAGGCAAUCUUUAAGGCACCAAAAGCUAUGAGGGGAGGAAUUUCCAUAUGUUUCCCACAGUUUGGAAGCUGUGGAUCAUUAGAGCAGCAUGGGUUUGUGAAGAACAAGAUCUGGACAAUUGAUGAUAAUCCGCCGCCAAUGUGCUCAGAUGACAUCGAGGGGGGCUCUUUUGUUGAUUUACUAUAUAGAUCCUCAGAGGAGGAUUUGAAAUUUUGGCCAUAUAGUUUUGAGCUCCGCCUGAGGGCAUCUCUACUACCCGAUGGGGACCUGGUUUUGAGAUCUAGAAUUAGGAAUGUAAAUGGAAAACCAUUUGGUUUCUCAUUUGCCUAUCACACGCACUUGGUGGUUUCAGACAUAAGCGAGGUGAGAAUUGAAGGUCUUGAAACGGUCGAUUUCUUGGACAAUCUAUGUCAAAAGGAGCGCUUUACAGAACAAGGAGAUGCCAUAACCUUUGAAUCUGAGGUGGAUCGAGUAUAUGUCAGCACUCCGAAUGUAAUUGCUGUACUUGAUCACGAAAGGAAGCGGACUUAUGUGAUAAGAAAGGAAGGAUUACCUGAUGUUGUGGUUUGGAAUCCAUGGGAAAAGAAGUCGAAAGCAAUGGUUGAUUUUGGCGACGAAGAAUACAAACAGAUGCUUUGUGUUAAUGGAGCAGCGUUAGAGAGACCGAUCACCUUGAGGCCAGGUGAGGAAUGGACAGGGAAACUGCAACUCACUGUCGUUCCUUCAAGUUUCUCUUUUGACUUGUAGAGGAAAUCGAACCGGGCACAAGCAUGGACAUAGGACACCAAGCAAGGCCGGACUACUUUUAUUGGGUGUAGAAGGGCUGAUGCUGUGUUGAGAAUAAUGUUUUCAUAGCUUUAGAGGAACUGAUAUUCUAUGUCAAACAUGGUGAUUUUUCUUUUCUUUAUUUGUUAUUUUUUUUUCUAGUGGAAUUGAUGAAAUUAGGAUGUAGGAGGGGAUAUCCUGCAAGAAACUUGGGAAGCCAAUGUUUUUAGAGAAUGGCUGCAUAUCCCCAAAAACUAUCUUCUUGUUUUUAGAGGAAGAGAAGAGUGAAUUUGUUGUUUUCUUUCUUAGUAUAAAAAAUUUCCUUUUUUUUUUUUGUGUACUUAUUAAAGACAUGGUUUUCUCUUUAAUGAAGAUCUUCAACUGUUAUCUUUA